GAGCGACGUCACUUGCGGUCGAGAACUCAAUGAUCCUCAAUGAUCAACUCGAUCAAUCGAUCUCGCCAUCUCAUUUUUUCUUCGGUCCGAAAGGUAUCGAUCUUCCUCAUCUUCUAUUAGGAUUGCUUGAUCUCCACGCGUCAAGAUGGCCUGUCCCAUCACUGUCAGUAAAUUUGUAGGCACCGUGUCAUUGGGCCUGUUGACGGGCCUCUCCUACUCCUCCUCGGCCGUCACCGUUCCCGCCCUGCAACAGCUGUCUACGGCGUCGACGGCCUCGCGCGCCGCUGCCGAGGUCAAACGCCUCAAUCGCAAGCAUGGCCUACGCCUGACCAACAUAGCGAACGGUUGCCUACUGUUUGCCUAUUGUAUCUCCCCACCGCACCGCAAACACCCCUACUUGGUGUGGAUGGCUGUCUCCGCCACCCUGGGUUCUUACGGGUUGGAUUACUGGUUCCACGGCCAGGCCGUGGGAGUCAAGGCCUGGGUCUGCGGUUUGGUGCAGGAUAUGGGCUGUCGGUCUCUGUGCGCGAAUUCCCAGCAGAAGAAGCGGGAAGAGGAUAUUGUGGUGGUGGAGGCAGAGGAGACCAACGUGAAUGGGGAGAGCGUGCAGCGUGCGCUGGAGACGGAGCGCCGCUUGCAGGGCGGGCGCGCGGUGUUGGCCGGAUUGGCGCUGUCCAUGGGCAUUGUGGGUCUGUGGGGGGAUCGAAAGUGACUUGUUCUUUUUACUUGGGAUCGUCUCGAAUCGGGCCUUGAUGGGUGGUUGUAUGCUAUCGUGGUGAUGGGCCUCGGGCUUAGGUGGAUUCCUCCAGCGGGAUUGUACGUCUUAAUGAUUUAUUGUGAUAUGGAAAGACUGUUCGU